UUGAAAAAGCAACUACCGGACGUAUUAUUUUGUCACAAUCUUGAAAUUAGCCAAGUCUGUGGUGUUUAAAACUUGUGACUGUGCAGUUGUGUAGAUUACUCACCUGACUGUGGCCACAUUUGGCUGUUUCCUGUUUAAGGCACCUGCUCUUCAAUUAAGCUGCCAGCAUUCCUGACCAUCUUAUCUCGACAUAUUUGCGUUAUUUCCAAAGAAAAUUUCUUUCACGCGCCAAAUAUCAUGGCACACAGGAGAAGACGACAACGUUCACUUCCAGUUUUCUACAUUCAGACAGCACUGAUAGGCAAGCACCCAGCAGUAUGGACCAGCUUACUUUAAAUUACACGGAGAUGUGCAACAUGGAGUCCAGCACAGAUUCUGACUCCGAAAUCAGUCCAAGAUGGUCCGACACCAGUACCAUGGGAUGUGUGAGCAGUGCACCAGAGAGUGGGGCCUCAAGGAGGGUGUUGCCAUUAACGCUUAAGCCUGCAGAAAGGCAUGGCUGUUAUUCUUUGGAUUUGGACCCGUACGAUGGGAGCUCUGAGGAUUCUGACAAGUCAAAUGUCAACGUCUUCAGCAGGCAAUCGAGGCAGCAGGGAAAAGGUGGAGGAAAAGGAGGAUGUCGACUCUUGGGCCGAAGCAGGCGAUAUAUCUUUAAUCACUCUGCUUCUGUUGCUCUCAGAGAAGGAGCGAAAAAUGACAAGAGAGACUGUCUGAGAGAGCAGCCGAAUCUUCUGGAUGUCCAGAUGAAAUGUGGAAGUGACUCUGACCGGUGGGUCUGCAAACUGGACACUCUUCCCUCUAACAAUGACAGGGAUGCUUGUAAAAAUCUUCCAGAAGAAAGGGUAACUGAUUCAAUAACACACAGACAAACCUCGGAUAUGGAGUUGCAGCUUGAUGAUUCAGGCUUGGAUAUUACAAGAUCCUCCACACUUCACCCACCUAACCCUCAAAGCUCAGUGGAGGGGAGUUCAUCUCACAAGCUGGGUUGCUCCUCUGAGAGAUCUCCCUGGUUGUGUAACCUUGGAUCUCUUUACAAGAGAAAGCUGAGUCUCCCUGGAACAGACAUGAUUGAGUUGGGACACAGGAAGAAGCAGUGUGUCUUCAACAUGGAGGAUGAACAAGAAGGAAACGAUUCUGCAUCUGAACCAUGUUAGAGUUCUUUAACAGUUGAGAUUUAAGGUGGACUGAAAUACUGUAAAUAGUUAUUUGGAAUUGCACUCUGUUUACUCAUGAAUAGUUCACUUUGAGCACGUCCUGAUCGUUAAGAUGGCAUUUGGUUACCACUUGCUUAAAAUUUAGUCACUGGUGACUCAUCAAAACCUAAUUUUUGUUCAAAUGAGCUGCUCAAUUCCAAAUGAAUGAAUGAAUAAAGUAAAAUAUUUAAGUCUC